GAUUUUUCAUAAUUACUGUCCUUAAAUUAUAUUUUGACAUAGUCACGAUCGCCAGAAAGGGAUAGAACGGACAGUUUUUGAGGUCUCGCUCGGCUUCAAUUUUCCGACAAGAGCAAGAGCUCAAUUAGUCAUUUGUCAGAUAGAUGUCAGUGGUUUCAAAAUAGCAAAUUCAAAUUAUAGAUAUUUGAAUUUAUUUCAUUCUCACUUAACUUAAAAAAUUAAAAGAAGUAAAUCUACCUUUGCUAUGUCACAAUGCAUGGAGAUCGACGGCAGUGUUUUAGAAGGGGGUGGACAAAUCCUGCGAAACUCUAUAUCACUUAGUGCUAUUUUGGGAAUACCGGUACGAGUUAUUAACAUACGAGCAGGGCGUAGCAAGCCUGGCUUAGCGGCUCAGCAUUUGAAAGGUGUUCAAUUGGUAGCAGAAAUGUGUGGAGCAAAACUGAAGGGUGCCAGUAUUGGGUCUACAGAUAUUGAGUUCAUACCUGGUAAGCUGCGGGGAGGUCAUUAUGUUGCCGACACACAUACAGCAGGUUCUAUAAGUUUACUGCUACAAGUGGCAUUACCCUGUGCAUUAAUGGCAGACGGACCAGUCACACUUGAUCUGAAAGGUGGCACCAAUGCGGACAUGGCACCACAGAUUGACUACAUGUUUUUGGUCCUGCGACCACUGUUGCUUAAGUUUAAAGUAGAUUUCUCUUGGAAAAUACAUAAAAGGGGUUACUUCCCUCGUGGAGGAGGUCAUGUAACAUUUGACAUCAAGCCGGUACGGCAGCUGCAUGGUGUGGAUAUUACGGAGCAGGGAGAUGUCAAAAGUGUUCAAGGCUGGAGCUUUGUGGCGGGCAGGCUGCCUAUCAAGAUGGCGCAUCAAAUGAGUGACGGGGCGCGGUCUGAGCUGACUCACUUGCCCAAUGUCAACAUCCAUACAUACAAGGAAGACCCCGACACGGCCCCUGACAACUGUAACGGUAUCAUCGUUGCGUGCGACACCAGCACGGGCUGCGUAUUGUCGGGGGACGCGCUGGGGCGGCGCGGGGCGGAGCCCUACGCGCUGGGGCGCCGCGCCGCCGCGGACCUCGCCGCCGCCCUGCGCUGCGGCGCCUGUCUCGACACACACGCACAGGACCAAGUGAUAAUAUACAUGUUGCUGAGCGCGGGCCGGUCCGCAGUGAAGUGCGCGCAGGUGACGCUGCACACGCGCACCGCGCUGCACGUCGCACAACUCGUUGCUAAGGUGAAUUUUACGAUAAAAUCUGAAGGUGAAACUAAUAUUAUCGAAUGUGUAGGACUCGGCCUCGUCAAUAAUAAUGUACCAACAUAACACAUUGUACCAAUAUUUAACAAAUUUAAUGCAAUUUGUAUGAAACUGACGUUUGAGGGCAUAAAUACCACAGACAAUGCAAUACUAUAAAAGUAUGAAAUGUUGAAUAAAGUGAAGUAAUUAUUUAUUGCAAUGGUGAAGUUUGUGUUUAUCUGUUGUGGUAAAGCAGAUUGACACAACAGAUAAACACAAAUAAAAUUGAAAUGUAAUUUUAACAAAAAAAUGUUAAAUUUUAUUUUUCAUCUCUUUUACGCUUGCUCUUGAUGAAAGAAAUUUAUUUAAAAUUAAAACUUAAUACAAUCGUGUGGAGUUCAAUUUAAUUUGCGAUCAAAAUCAGCUCUGCUCUCCGACCUUGUUAGUCCUAAUAUUAUUAAAAAAUCAUGUGAUAUGCCAAAAAUUGUACUGAUGCAUUUCUCAUUAGUUAUUAUUAUUUAUACUUUGUAUGUAAGCUUGUUACUAAAUAAAAUUUAUAUUUAUA